GGAAUUCGGAUUCGGCAUCGCGGGUUCCUCCGGCAACGGAAUGAGUUCCGAAGUUCCGGUCGAAACCACCUCGGUUGCCAUGGUUGUACCUUCCUCACCGCUGCCCUUCGGGUCGAGUGUGAGGGCUGCCACCAUGACCUCCUUCUCGAUGCCGAGCUCGAUUUUCGGGUCGGCCCCUCGACCCAUUCCUGGGCUAGAAACCACGGGGGUUUACCCCGUCGGCAAUUCGAACCCGUUUCUUGGACCGAUUACGGCUUCGGCCUCAACGGUCAAUUUUGGACCGAACGCGGGUUUCCCCGCACCGGUCAAUCUUUUUGGACCCCAUUGGGCGAGCAACGGGCCUUUCCUCCAUACGCCCAAUGCGGUGGGGGCCAUCUCAGUGCCCGCUAGCUCGGUCCAAAGGCCACCGAAGUUCAAUGGAACAAACUUCAAGAUGUGGCAACAAAAAAUGAUGUUCUUUUUGACCGUCCUGGGAUUUGCUGAGUACCUACAGCAAGAUCCCCCCCAGCCCAAUGAAGCCAGCGACCCCCUUGUGGCGAUGGUGAACCAAGCAUGGUACCACAACAACUAUCUCGCCAUAAAUAUUAUUCUUGAAGGGCUGGGAGAUACGUUGUACCCCGUCUAUGCCGGUGCUAAGCUUGCAAAAGAGCUUUGGAAUGGCUUGAACAAGAAGUAUCAAGCUGAAGAUGCCGGCACGAAGAAGUUCAUCGUCGGGAAGAUGCUGGACUACAAGAUGGUUGACAGCAAAUCUGUUGUCGCCCAAGCUGAAGAGCUUACGGUCAUCUUCAAUAAAUGCAAUGAAGAGAAAGUAGGCGUCAGUGAGGAAUUCCAAGUGGGAGCCAUCAUCCACAAACUUCCACGAUCGUGGGAAGACUUCCAAGCCGACCUCAAGCUCAAAAGAACAGAGCUAAACCUGGAGCAACUGCUCACACGACUGAGAAUCAGAGAAGAGGGGCUUGCUAGAAGAAGUGGAGGUGCAAAGGCGAAUGUUGUAGAACAUCCGUCAGGUUCUUCACAUGGCGGGAAGGACAAAAAGAAAAUGGGUCCUAAAGGUGGAGUUUCUAAAUUUGCAGGAAAAUGCUACAAUUGUGGCAUUACUGGGCAUCGUUCCUCCGACUGUAGGAAAAAGAAGCCACAAAAAGGAAAGAAAAAAACCACUGAAGCCAUGUGUGCGGAGCUUGACAACUUGGACCUCUGCGCGGUUGUCACCGAGGUGAAUCUCGUCGGGUCAAACCCGAAGGAAUGGUUUGUGGACACAGGAGCUACACGCCAUAUUUGUUCAAAUCGGAGCAUGUUUCACGACUUUCAAGAGAGCUCCGGUUACAAGUCGAACAUGAGACUGAACUGAGACGAAGUAAAAGAAUGCGAACUGAAAAGACGUUCGGUUCUGACUUCAUAACAUAUCUGAUAGAAUUUGACAAAGGAACUUUGUCAUUUCUAAUGGAAAAUGAACCCGAUAUUCUAACCUGUUUGGUAGAAAAGGAACCGCGAACCUAUCACGAGGCCGUAACCUCAACAGAGGGACCUCAGUGGCAAGAGGCCAUAAAGAG